AACAUCGAAACAUCUCCGAACGCUCGCAGACAUUUCUCCCUCUCGCCAAAGCAUCACAUCUAUUUUUCUUUCAGCACAGCCGCCAAUUAGGUUCUACAACAGCACAUCCUGCGGCAUUCUCGGCGAGCUAACACAGCACACUCGAAACAGCCAACAAACAGCUUCACACCGACAGGUACCCAGAAGUUAUUCGGACCGCCAUGAACGCGAUAUCUGUUCUUUAGCAUUGCAAGAAGAGUCCCACGAGGGGCCAGACCAAUUGCUAUAUUCCGCCAGUCGUGGGGCAAUACUGCCGGAGGAUCGAGUUGUUCAGGGGGCGGUGGAAAUGGCCCAACGCAACGAUGAAUCGCUUUCUCCAAUGACAAGAAGCCCCCGUUCUGGGUCGCCUGUGCAUUCGAAUGCCAAUGGGACUGCAAAUGCACGGCAAUCGGGUCUGCGAACAGAGUUGAGCGUCGACGGACUCCCUGGGGCUGCACACGACUUCGCACCUCCUGUCCUGGCAGCAAACGGCGGCACAAGCAAGGCCGGCGUUGAUGCCGUGGAUUAUUUUCACGGUGGAUUUCCUCAUGAGAGCCAAAGACCUCCCUUUAUGACAGGGGCGGGUGUUUCAAGCAGCAAUUCACCUACGAGGCAAUCAGCUCUCAAACAUACGCCUGGCUCUUUUUCCCAGGAUGGAGUUGCGGCAACAGCUGGCACAUCGACACCACCUGGGAGGAGGAGUGUACAGUUUGCGAGAGCCGACCCAGGAACGUCAUCACAUGUUAGAUCAGAGUCGUGGGAAGAUGGCGAGAUCCCAAGCAAAGAUCGGCGUGGUCAGUCACUCAUGUCAAAGUUGAAGGCAUUGGCAACUACAGGUGCUCUACAAACUCACAGCCGGAGUCAAAGCAACACCGCAAACUCCUUCGAAGACGAUACAGGCUCUGCGCCUCUCUCACCAACAACGGAGCGUGCGACACGCUUACCAUAUACUUUACAAGAGGAGGGGAGUGAUGUUGACGCUGAUGCGGAAGAAACAGCUGACGAGGGGAAUAUUGCUGAUGCAGCGCGAGCCAAGAAGAAGCGGCGGUUCCGACGGCCCCUAGAAACUGCGAACGGAAGCCAAACAGCUCCUAACACACCACGUGUCCGGGGUAUGGGAGCAACUGAUUCUCCUGGCGGGAGCAGCCGCCAGAUUCCCUUCCUUACACGGCGAGCAACAGACGGAUCAUUGGAUCAGAGAGGUCAUCUGUCUGAAGGCGAAGGUCGUGAUCGACUCAAUGGCCAAAGUGCUUGGAGACGCGGGAGCUCAUGGAUCGCCGGAGCUCGAGGGGCAAGUUAUGGUGGCCAACAACAGGCUGAUCUUGAUGGCACGCCCACCUCAAGAAGACCCGGCCAGUUCAGGCGUAUGACAGGCCUUGGAGGUGGCCAAAGUGAUGGUGAUGGACAAACUCCAAGGCGCCCGUUCCUUGGCGCUGAACGUGCCACAACCUUUGGAGCCCAACGAUGGCGGAUGUUGAAGCACGGACUCAAGUUGUUGGGCCAGAAGAAGGAAGAGCACAAAGUCGAUUAUCUCAAGUCGGCAGAAUUGAUGGCAGAAUUGCGCGCUGGAGCCCCAGCAGCCCUUAUGUUGGCUAGCAUGAUCCAAAGGGACGAGCACGGCAACAAGCGUAUUCCAGUCCUUCUUGAGCAGCUGAAAUUGCACAUUACUGAUAGUAGACCAAGUGUGGAGGAACCUACAGAAAGCGAACGUCAUCUUGUAUUCCGAAUCGAGCUUGAAUAUGGCAGCGGAUUGAACAGAAUGAAAUGGGUUAUUCAUCGGUCAUUGCGAGAUUUUGCUAAUUUGCAUCUACGGUACAAGCUUCAAGGCAGCAGCGACAAAUAUAUCCAGCUAAGAAGUGAUGUCGACUCGAGGCCGAAACAACCCCGUUUCCCCAAAUCAGCCUUUCCUUACUUCAGAGGUGUGCGUGGACUGGGGGAGAGUGAGGAAGAUGAGGCUGACAACAUUCGUGUGGAUGAGACUGUUGGAGAAGCAACUCAUAGCGAGAAUGAGAGAAAGCGAAAGAAGAGACGACCCUCCCUCGCAGGAACUCGCAGGAAAUCAAGUGCGGCUCCACAAGACCCAAAUACCGGCGCUGUUAUUGGCAUGGGACAACAGUCGCAGCAAACGAGGAUCUACAAUGAGAAACAAAGGAGACGGCUCGAACAAUACCUUCAAGAGAUGAUCCGAUGGCUCAUCUUCAGAGCCGACAGUAAUAGACUAUGUCGAUUUCUGGAGUUGUCUGCAUUAGGAGUUCGACUAGCUGCGGAGGGCAGUUACCACGGAAAGGAAGGAUAUCUUAUCAUCCAGUCCGCAAAUGGGUUGGAUGUAAGAAGACUGCUGAAGCCUAGUAACAUCUUUGCCCGGCACUCUCCCAAAUGGUUUUUGGUGAGACACAGUUAUAUCGUUUGUGUAGAUUCUCCAGAAAACAUGCACAUAUAUGAUGUCUAUCUUGUGGACCCGAAAUUCGAAAUCCGACAGAAACGCCGGAGACUCAAGGAGAUGGACAAAAAGGAAAUGAUGGAGACGGCCGGGACCUCUGCAAAACACCCUCAGCAUCACAGCCUCAAAUUACAGAAUUCGGAGCGUAAGAUCAAGCUUCUGGCAAAGAACGAACGCCAAUUGCGGCAAUUCGAGGAUUCCUUAAACUACAUGUUGAGUACCACACCAUGGUCGAAAGAAAACCGCUUUGGAAGUUUUGCGCCUGUCCGAACCGGCGUUUAUGCCCAGUGGCUGGUCGAUGGCCGAGACUACAUGUGGAAUGUUUCUCGAGCUAUCAAUAUGGCCAAAGACGUCAUCUAUAUCCAUGAUUGGUGGCUAAGCCCUCAGUUGUACAUGCGAAGGCCCGCAGCAAUCAGCCAGAAAUGGCGUCUCGACAGGCUGCUUCAGAAGAAAGCCAGGGACGGAGUCAAGAUUUUCAUUAUCAUUUACAGAAACGUCGAGGCGGCCAUCCCUAUCGACUCUGAGUUCACCAAGUUCUCCAUGCUGGAUCUCCAUCCAAAUAUUUUCGUCCAAAGAUCACCGAAUCAAUUCAAGAAGAAUCAGUUCUUCUUUGCUCACCACGAGAAGAUCUGCGUUGUUGACCACACGGUGGCUUUUGUGGGAGGCAUUGAUUUAUGUUUUGGCCGUUGGGACACGCCACAACACUCUGUUGUAGACGACAAGCCUACGGGCUUUGAGCAAUCAGACCUCCCGAAAGAUGCAGAUCACUGCCAGUUAUGGCCUGGAAAAGACUACUCAAACCCACGUGUUCAAGAUUUCUUCCAGCUGAACGAACCUUAUGCGGAGAUGUACGACCGUUCCAAAACGCCCAGAAUGCCAUGGCAUGAUAUUGCAAUGCAAGUCGUUGGUCAACCCGCACGCGAUUUGACGCGGCAUUUUGUUCAGCGAUGGAAUUAUGUACUUCGGGGACGAAAACCGACAAGGCCCACACCAUUCCUUCUUCCGCCCCCAGAUUAUAACUCUGCUGAUCUUGAGGCGCUUGGUCUUACUGGUACCUGCGAGGUUCAAAUCCUUCGAUCUGCCAGCGACUGGUCUCUGGGACUGACAGAGGUUGAGCACAGUAUCAUGACUGCUUACUGCAAAAUGAUCGAGGAAUCUGAACAUUUCGUCUAUAUCGAAAACCAGUUCUUCAUUACCAGUUGCGAAACCAUGAACACCAAGAUCGUCAAUAGAAUCGGCGAUGCCAUUGUGGAGCGUGCUACUCGAGCUUACCAGAGCGGCGAAAGCUGGCGUUGCGUUAUUAUCAUUCCCCUUAUGCCUGGUUUUCAGAACACCGUAGAGGAGGCCGAAGGCACAUCUGUUCGGUUGAUCAUGCAAUGUCAGUUCCGUAGCAUUUGCCGUGGCGAAGGUUCAAUAUUUGGCCGUCUGAGAACCCAAGGCAUCGAGCCAGAAGAUUUUGUUCAGUUCUACAGUCUCAGAACUUGGGGCAAAAUUGGGCCAAACAAAAUGUUGGUGACUGAGCAGCUGUAUAUCCAUGCAAAAGUAAUCAUCGUCGAUGAUCGUAUCGCAUUGAUUGGGUCGGCCAAUAUAAAUGAACGAUCCAUGCUGGGUGUCAGAGACUCUGAGUGUGCCGCUGUUGUUCGAGAUACAGAUAUGCUCUGGUCGAUAAUGGAUGGCGAGCCUUAUCUGGUGGGAAGAUUUGCCCAUACCUUACGCAUGCGUCUCAUGAGAGAGCAUCUUGGCUUGGACGUUGACGAAGUCAUGGAAGAAGAACGCCGAGUAGAGCUUGACCGGGAAGAGGAGGAAUACGAAACGCGGAUGAACGGUAUCUAUGACGGCAAUGAUUCAGAAACAGACAGGGCCAAAGCUCGAGAAGCCCAAUCGGUCCUCCUUCCUGAUCAGGCUCUUCGAAUUGCAAAUCACGAGCGCAUGCGAAGCUUCAACCAUGACGUUGAUUGGGAAGAAGAGGGGAAUCCAAAUGUGGCACCGGAGAGCUACAAGUCUGUCACAACAGAUAAGAGAGUCAUCGGCAAUAAGGCCCAUGCCGCAGAAGUCGAUGGCGAAGGCCCCGAUCAAUUGAAAGCGGCCGAGAAAACUGGGAUUGUUCGUGGCCGAGACUCUGUGCUAGCGGAUGGGGGUCGUGAAGUGCUCGUCGCUGACAUUGCCUCUGAAGGUAAAGGCACUGUCAGUCAUCCAAACAGACCGCACGAUCGCCCUCCACCAGUUCACCACCGCGGUAGUGAUGGGAGUGGUAGCGCAGGAAAUGAUAAAGUUCCACCAAUGCCUUCAUUCCCACGGCGGACAACAGACCAACUGGGCCUAUCGCAGCUUUCUCAACUCCCUGCUCUCCCCAUCACAGAUGAUACAGAUAUCGGUGGACCUCCCGUUCACCUCGACGCGACUGGGAGACCGGCACCCAAAGAAUUCAACCCUCUAACAGCUGAUAUCAAAAUUGCUCACGUUGACAAGGAUUGCAUGCGUGAUCCUCUCAAUGAUUCCUUCUUCGAAGACACCUGGCGUCAAAUUGCAGAUAACAACACGAAGAUCUUCCGGCGAGUCUUCCGGUGUAAUCCUGACAGCGAAGUCACCAACUGGCAUGAGUACGGCGAGUUUAUGGCUUAUGCUGAGAGGCUUGCGCAAUCACAGGGUGGUAAGAGUACAGAAUGGGAAGAGCAAGAAGCUGCUGGCAAGAGUGGACCUCCAGGAGCCUCGUCAACAGCUGCAGGCAUGGCAGCAGUACCAGUAUUAAGUAACUUGACCGAGAAGAUCAAUCGCCAUGGGCAAGAUGACCGUCCACUAGGAACAGUGGCGGAAAUAGCUGAAAAUGCUCGUGAGGAUAACGCGAAACGCACUGAUACUGGUCGAGAAGGUGGAAUGAACGGCCAUUUGGACGGCAUCGAUGAAAAGGCGGAGCUGAGAGCAGAGGAGCCUGCCUCCCCGAUUCUGCCCGCGGGAGACGAGACAUUCCCAUCGCUCGACUCUACCCUGCUCGACACCUCGACAGCAGCUGCUGAGACAGCUCCUCAGCCAGUGACCUCAACGCCAGCCCCCAGAAAAACUACGUUUUCGUCCACAACUCCAACUACCAACCCCGCAACUAAUGGUUCCGCGAACAAAGGCUCAGGCAAGAGACGUCGUCGUGGCACCACAAAAAAUAAGUUUUCGGGAAGUGACGACUUGCUGUCUAGACAAGAUGCUGAGGAACUGCUCGGUCUUGUGCAAGGACACCUUGUGUUCUUCCCAUACGACUGGCUCAUCAAGGAAGAGCUCAAUUCUAAUUGGCUUUACCAGGUGGACCAGGUGGCACCGUUACAGAUCUAUAAUUAAUUAAUCAUUUGAUGGCCGACUGCAAGCGGGAAACAGCAUUUUGUAUAUGUGUAUCAAUGAUGACCACAUGGAUUGGUAAAACGGCUGCAUUCGGGGACCAGGCGUUCUACUUCUUCUGCAGCAUUCCAGCGAAGAGUUUCUUUCUCCAAAAUGUAUCAUGCUCAUGGCAUCAGUCAUUCAAACACUCCAAUUAAAUCCACGCAUCAGCAUCAUCAUCUUCGGUGAUUUAUACU